CAUUGGACUUUUGGACAUAAGCUAUGCAAACUGAGGAACUUUUGUCGCCACCACAGACUUCAUGGUGGAAUGCUUUUGGAUCUCAGCCGUUGACUACAGAGAGCCUUUCCGGCGACGCUUCUGAUUCAUUCACCGGAGUUAAGGCAGUUACUCCUGAGACAGAACAAGGUGUGGUGGAUAAACAAAGUUCUACAACUCUCUUCACUUUCUCACCUGGUGGUGGAAAGAGUUCAAGAGAUGUGCCAAAGCCUCAGGUUGCUUUCGCGAUGCAAUCAGCUUGCUUCGAGUUUGGAUUUGCUCAGCCAAUGAUAUAUACAAAGCAUCCUCAUGUAGAACAAUACUAUGGAGUUGUUUCAGCCUAUGGAUCUCAGAGGUCUUCGGGCCGAUUAAUGCUGCCUUUAAAGAUGGAGACAGAAGAUGGUACCAUCUAUGUGAACUCAAAGCAGUACCAUGCAAUUAUCAGGCGACGCCAGUCCCGAGCAAAGGCUGAAAAACUGAGUAGAUGCCGUAAGCCAUAUAUGCAUCACUCACGCCAUCUCCAUGCAAUGCGCCGUCCUAGAGGAUCUGGCGGGCGUUUCUUGAACACCAAGACAGCUGAUACGGCUAAGCAGUCUAAGCCAAGCAAUUCUCAGAGUUCUGAAGUUUUUCAUCCAGAAAAUGAGACCAUAAACUCAUCGAGGGAAGCAAACGGGUCAAAUCUCUCGGAUUCUGCAGUUACAAGUAUGGAUUACUUUCUAAGUUCAUCGGUCUAUUCUCCUGAGACCAUGCCUAUCAAGUGGAAUGCAGCAGCAAUGGAUAUUAGCUGCUGCAAUCUUAAUACAUGAUCAGCAGAUAGGGGACAAGACAAGAUUCGGUUCACCGGUCUUUUGUCUUGUCCCUUAUCUUUCAGCCAAACGGAGAGAGAACUUGCGUCCUGAAAAAGGACAUUGAGUUUCCUUGGUUUAUAAGAUUGGUCCUUUUACCAUCCGUUUGGCUGUAAACAGGCAAAUCAUCUUUGGCUCAUCCUUCAUCAAGGUCUUUUAUCCGGUCUGUUUCCUUCUACUAAUAAGAUUUGAACUAGUGAAUAAACACUGAUGGAUUUGCUACUACCUUCUUGUUCCAACUAAUGUGUGUGUUGUAAGAAACUCUUGCCUUAUUU